AAGAGAGAUGUUCAAAACUCGCAAGGCUCCAAUCUGUGAAGGCACCCUACAAUAUGUGGUGAUAAAAAUCAAUGGAAUAACUACUUCAAAUGUUAAAGCACAGACGUGGCCAUCAAUGAGGCCCCAGAAAAUCAAAGACAAAGUGGUUAAGAGGCGGCAUGGGCUGAUUGAUUGAGAGUUCUAAGAAGAAAUGAUGGCAUUGAACCUGUCUUCCUCAGCUGGUUUAGCUUCCCUCUCAUCUCCACAACGCUUGGUGGGGUUGAAGGCAGGUACAUUUCUAAGACAAAGGGUGCAUAACUUGCACGUACAUAAGAUACACAAACAAAUGUGCAGAGCUGUCCUAGGUUCCAAUGCAAGUGAGAAUGCAAUAGAGAGUAAAGGGAAAGAUUUUGAUUUACCACCUCCUGGAUGCAGUCGUUUCAAAGUGGAGCUAAGCAGACCUCUUGGCCUUGUGCUAGAAGAAGACAAGGCUGGAAAAAUAUUUGUUGCAGAAAUAGUGAAGGAUGGUAAUGCUGACAAAAGUGGACUUGUAGAUAUUGGUGAUCAGUUGAUAGCAACAAGUGCAAUUACUUAUGGAAAUGUAGAAGAUUACCAAGGUGUUAAAGUAAGAAAGGGUAUGCAAACAGUUCGACUGAAUGUGCGAGGUGAGAGAUUUGAGACGGUGAUGGCAGCAAUUGGAACUCACCCUGGUCACAUUAAGGACCCCAUUGGAAUGAAGACUAGUUUGGAAGACAUCAUAAUCAUCUUCCUAUUACCUCUGGAAACGAAGAAAAUGGACAUUCAAGUUUGCGAGCAUUCUUUGGCAGAUCAAGCUGAUACAUAUAAUAGCAGGGGGUUAUGCAUCAGUUUUUCCUUUGUUCUUAUAAUAUUGCUGCUAAGAAGGUUGAAGAAUAUACAUUCUAAAAUCUCUAAAAUGGUAUAAACUAUGCAACUCGAUGUAAAGUUCUUGAACCCCAUCCAGAGGGCUGCUCAUAUGGCAGAGUAGCACCUUUUCUAGAUAUCAAUUUCUUUGUGUUUCAAUGGAGAAUCAGGACUAUAAAGUUUAGAUUGGUGGUGAUGAGAUAAGGAUGGAGAUAUAUAUCCAACUGAUAUUCUCAUCUGCUAGUAAUCUAGACUCUUCAUCUAUUACAUAUCACAGUUGCCUUAUUGGAGAACGGAAAUUUGAUGAUAUCAUCAUAUGUAGUCCAUCUCACCCUAAUAAGAUUGCACUUAAAUUUGCCCACUACAUUUCUUCACCUGCUUGCAGGAGAGUAUUAUUGUAAAUUAAUUAAAAGAGUAACUUCACUAGAAAUUAAAGUCUCAUUUUUAUUUUUUUCAAUAAAAGUAGAUUAUUCCA